UUUCCUACGGAGAGCAGCACUAGUGAAAUUUAUGGUGGUGUCGAUGAGGGAUAGAUUUGCUUCGAGAGUAGACGAAAUUUCGAUAUGCGCGCGGCAGGAAACAUUAUAGGUUUAGCAUUAACAACUGCGGUUAUUGGAAAUGCAUACUAUCAAAAAAAGCAGUUCUAUCCAACAGUAGUGUAUAUAACAAAAUCAAAUCCGAGUAUGGCGGUAAUAUAUGUCCAGGCAUUCAUCAUGGUAAUACUGGUGGGAAAACUGAUGAGGAAAGUAUUUUUUGGACAGUUGAGAGCUGCAGAAUUUGAGCAUCUCAUGGAACGGUCAUGGUAUGCUGUCACAGAAACAUGCCUGGCAUUCACUGUUUUUCGAGAUGAUUUUAGUCCAAAGUUUGUUGCACUUUUCACUGUUCUUCUGUUCUUGAAGUCUUUCCACUGGCUGGCAGAGGACAGAGUAGAUUUUAUGGAAAGAAGCCCAGUUAUAUCGUGGUUGUUCCACAUACGAGUUUUGUCAUUGCUCACCAUGCUUGGUGCUCUUGACCUGAAUUUUGUGUGUCAUGCAUAUCAGUCCACAAUCACCAAGGGUGCAUCAGUGCAACUUGUAUUUGGAUUUGAAUAUGCCAUCCUUCUUACCAUCAUCAUCAACAUCUUCAUUAAGUAUACGCUCCACACGAUUGAUCUGAACAGUGAAAAUCCAUGGGACAGCAAGGCUGUAUUUCUUUUGUAUACUGAAUUGGUCAUGGGUGAUAUUACAAAAGUAUUUUCUGAAUUUUGCAUUUGUUUAUAUUAGUUUUAUAUAUAGCCAUUGAUUUGUAUGAUGAAGUAACUUUUUUUUUUCCAGAUCAUUCAAAAAGCUUUCAACGAUGUGAUCUUGUCUCGCCGUACAAUCCGAAACAUGAACACGCUGUAUCCUGAUGCUACUUCAGAAGAGUUGGCUGCAGCAGAUAAUGUGUGUAUAAUCUGCAGAGAAGAAAUGGUAACAGCCUCAAAGAAGCUACCAUGUAACCACAUUUUUCACACAUCGUGCCUCCGAUCGUGGUUUCAACGCCAGCAGACCUGUCCCACAUGCAGGUUGAACAUCUUGAGAACCCCCACAACAAAUGUGCAGAAUCCUCCAGUUCCUCAAGUGGGACAACCUCAAGGCCAGCAGUUGCAGGGUGCUCCUGUAGCAGGACCACCACAACCACCCGCUGGUGUCAAUCCUUUCCAACCCCUGAUUGGAGCUGCAGGUGUAUUUCCUGGACCAUUUCCUUUUUGGCAGGCUUUUCCUCAGCCACCUGCUGCAGGGCCAGCAGAAAACACUCGGCGGCAAACAGAAGAACGAGCUCAACAGUCAAGUGCCACAGGCUCAGUUGCAGGGACGUCAGCUGCCCCAGCUACAAAUGGCAGUGGAACAUCAGCGUCUGCAACAUCUCAGUCAGCAAGCUCUUCCACCUCAACAUCCACGUCUACGCCUACUGCUCGUCAGUUUACCUCACCACCUCCGCCAUUACAGCCCGGAGCAAAUGUGCCAUUCUUCUGCCCUCCAUUUCCUUUCAUGCCUUUCAUACCACCACCUAUGCCACCAGCCAAUUUCACAGGGCUUUCAACAGAAGAGCUGCAACGGAUGGAAGGAGUAACAAAAGAGAGCGUGGAAGCACGUCUUCAAUGUCUUCGCAACAUUCAACUGCUUUUGGAUGCAUCUGUUACACUGAUGCUUCAGUAUUCAGCUGCAGCGUCAGCAUCAUCAAGUAUGGCUGCGUCGUCAGUUGCUACAACAGGUUUAGAAAAUACAGCGACAACUGCAGCUCCUACAACUACGACACCUUCAACACAUCAAUCAGCUGAAUCUGUUCCUUCUAGUAGCAGUAGAAAUGAAAGCAGUGAAGGUGCUGUUGGUUUCACGCCUGAUCCAUUCCUUUCCUCGGCAGAUAGCGAGGAAGAUGUCUCUGCGCUUACCAAAGAACAGGAGGAGAUCAGACGACGAAGAAUUCAAAAGUUUGGCCAGUCACAAGGCUCAGAUUGAGGACACAGUAAAAAUUCAUCGUACCAACAUUAGAUUUUGGUCUGAAAUUAAUGAGUUCAAAAUUACUUGCAUUUUUAAAUUUCAUGUUGACAUUUAAUGUUUUGGAGUAUUGCUCUGAAAAUAUGCGUAUUAGUGAGCAGUAGUUUUUGGCCGGUGGAGAAGCUAGCGGAACUGGUGGACGGGCCUAUUCUGUGUACCUGAGGUGGCACGGUCAGUGUAUUUCUUUUGUUUGGGCGUUCAGUCCGAUAAGCUCCUCGGUGCAGUCAGCAUUAUACUAUCGCACAAAUGACUCGCUCCUAGCCUUCCCUUUGAAAAUUCCACCGGCCAAAAUCUACUGCGCCGACUAUAACCUUUUCAUAAUUCUUACUGUGUUAUUUUUGGUUCACAGUUAUUAGACAUUUUCAAAUAUUUUAUACGUACGUAUACCAAAAAUUAAUAUGUGGUAAAUCAAAUCCAAUGUUAUUUUCAUGCAAGAAGCAUUCAUGAAAGUUGACGUGAUCUGCGGCUUAUUUUCCAUGUUUUAUUACUCGGUGUAUGAUACUGUAUUAUAUGUAGAAUUUGCUUUGCCGGACGUUAUAUAUUGGUAUAUGAGAGUCGUGUACUGCCGUAGAAAGGAAUGACGUUGCUUCAUUCUGUGAAGACGAAAUCUAAUUGAGUUGAAAAUAUUUUUGUACACGAAACAUUAUUAAUUUUGAGCAAGUACUAUAUAUCAGAAUAUUAAAUCUACAGGGACUAGAUGGGAAAUAUGUAGAAGAGGAAGGAUACAUGUGUAAGGUUCGAAGAAUGGUAUGUAAAAAUACUUUUAGGUGAAAGCAAAAAUAUCUGAUGUAUUUAAAAUUAAAAAAAUAAUGAAAUGUUUCAUAUUUACUCUUCGUGUUUUAUGACUUCAUACAUUCGCUGCUGGGCUUUGAAGUUCUGACAUUAUUAAAUGCUGGGGUUUAAAUCAGAAGCUACGAGGUUUGCAAUAUGUAAGGAAAACAAAUCAUUUUUCAAAUCUCUGAACAGGAGAGAAAGAAAAUUGUGCGUGACUUUGACAGUUCAGUACUUUGUAUAGAGGCUUACAUGAUGUGUAUGAAUUCCACACAGAACCCACAAAAUUUUUGAUUUUGUUUCUGAGACAUACCCUGGAGCGUGUGAUUGAGUAUUUAUGAAUUUUGGCACCAAGAAUUUGAUUUAGUGGUUAUCAAUUUUCUGUCUAGUCAACAUUCUGGGUUUUUAUUAGGUAAAUGUUUCUUUGGUUUGGGAAUGGAGACCUCAGACUUAUCAGCGGAUGAAAAAAUUGUUUUGUAACCACUGUGGGUUAAUGUCUCUCGCGGACUUCAGUUAUGUAAUUUAGAAAUUUUUUUUUGACUUGUUAAGUUUGUGGUAGAUGAAAGCGUUGUUGAGAGCACGCUGUACGAGACAAAAGCAAAGUUUCUACAACUGGAUACAUUUUGACAUUUUUGUAAUUUUUUUGUCCAUUAUUGUUUCUGUGUCAUUGUUUGAAAUAUAAACAUACGACAUGCAUACAGACAUAAUUUUUGCAGUUUCUUAUGCUUGAAUCUUGGCAUCUGGAAGAAAAUACAUGUCCAGAAACAAUCAGAAAUAUUUUAUGAAUAAAUAUGAAAUAAUGAAA